AGGGUCAGCCGCACCGUGUUACAUGUUCCAUUUAAACGCAGGAAAGCAAGCGUGGCCAGGUCUCAUCAGUGAACUGCACCGCUAUAAAGAACUUCAAAGAUGCUCUCUUUCACGAUACGACAGUUGGCCAGGCCGGUGUGUCAGCGUGCUCCAACUGCGGUGACUGGAGUGGCCUGGAGGGGGCAGCACUCGGCGGCGGCGGCUCGCACCGUGGAGUAUGAGCGACCCUGGACGGGCCAGGACAGCCUGGCGCAGGACGACCCCGAGAUGUGGGACCUGCUGACCAAGGAGAAGGACCGCCAGUGCAGAGGCCUGGAGCUCAUCGCCUCCGAGAACUUCUGUAGCCGCGCAGCGUUGGAGGCUCAGGGAUCCUGCCUCAACAACAAGUACUCCGAGGGGUACCCCGGCAAAAGGUACUAUGGAGGUGCGGAGGUGGUGGACCAGAUCGAGCUGCUGUGCCAGAGGCGUGCGCUGGAGGCCUUCGACCUAGACCCGGCCCUGUGGGGCGUCAACGUGCAGCCCUACUCCGGCUCCCCGGCCAACUUCGCCGCCUACACCUCCGUACUCAACCCCCACGACCGCAUCAUGGGACUGGACCUGCCCGACGGAGGACACUUGACCCACGGCUACAUGUCCGACGUGAAGCGCAUCUCAGCAACAUCCAUCUACUUCGAGUCCAUGCCCUACAAACUCAACACCAAGACAGGCCUGAUAGACUAUGACCAGAUGGAGCUGACUGCGCGUCUCUUCCGGCCCCGCAUGAUCAUCGCCGGCACCAGCGCCUACGCCCGUCUCAUCGACUACGCCCGCAUCAAGAAGCUGUGUACGGAGGUAAAGGCCUACCUGCUGGCUGACAUGGCCCACAUCAGUGGUCUGGUGGCUGGCAGGGCCAUCCCCUCCCCCUUCGACCACGCCGACAUCGUCACCACCACCACGCACAAGUCCCUCAGAGGAGCCAGGGCGGGCAUGAUCUUCUACCGUAAGGGUGUGCGCUCGGUGGACAAGAAGGGUCGCGAGGUGAUGUAUGACCUGGAGGACCGCGUCAACUUCUCCGUGUUCCCCCAGCUGCAGGGUGGCCCGCACAACCACGCCAUCGCAGGAGUGGCCGUCGCCCUCCGCCAGGCCAACACCCCCAUGUUCAGGGACUAUAUCGGCCAGGUGAUGCGCAACUCCAAGGCCAUGGCAGAUGCACUGCUCAAGAAAGGCUACACUCUGGUCUCAGGUGGCACAGAGAACCACUUGGUGCUGGUGGACCUGCGUCCUCAGGGUAUGGACGGAGCACGUGCGGAGAGGAUCCUGGAGCUGGUGUCCAUCACGGCCAACAAGAACACCUGCCCCGGAGACAAGAGCGCCCUGACGCCCGGCGGCCUGCGCUUAGGUGCGCCAGCACUCACCUCGAGGCAGUUUAAGGAGGCCGACUUUGAGCAGGUGGUGGACUUCCUGGACGAGGGCUUCAAGAUCGGACUGGACGUCAAGAAGAAGACCGGCAAGUUGGCGGACUUCAAGAGCUUCCUGCUGCAGGACCCCGAGACGGUGGCGCGCCUGGCGGAGCUGCGCCAGCGCGUGGAGGCCUUCGCCCGGCCGUUCCCCAUGCCCGGCUUCCACGACCACUAGGGGGCCACGACGCAGUGAACAGGCCAGUGAGGGGGAAAGAGGAGAGGAGAGACAGGGGGAGGAAGUCGGUAAGGUGAGGAGGAGGAGAGGAAAGGGAGGGAGGGAGGGAGAGAGCAGAAAAGAAAAGGUUGAAAGUCAUAAUGCACAGUUAUCACAGAUAACUCGUCCCCUUCCAAACCAGUUGAAAUGUGGGAACACCGUAAGACCAUCAAACUUUUGCUUUCUUUUCACUUCUUUUCCUGGAAUGCUGUAUUUGGCACCCCUUAUGGGAGGGUUUUUUUUGUUUUUUUUAAAAAAUAAUUUCCGUUGUUAUGUCUGCUCUCGGAUAUAAAUAGUUUUAUCUUGUUUUUUAUUAUUAUUUGUUUACACCAAUCGCUGUUGUCAUACUCGUCCUGUGGAUUUCGAAAUGGGACGAAAGCUGCAAGAUAAUCACAUAUGCGAGACCACAGCCCCUCAGAUUGGUGUGCUAUCAGUCACCAGCUAGGGUACAUGGGUACAGCCAAGCAGGCAAAUACAGUCUUAUAGCUGGGCACAGCCAAUAACAGGCGAUAACAGUCUUCGAGCUGGGUACAGCCAACCUUGGCCAAUACAAAGUCUUAAAGUUGGGCACAGCCAAACAGGCAAAUACAGUCAUAACUGGGUACUGCCAAAUAGGCAAAUACAGUCUUAAAGUAGUGGUGCAGAGACCAGUGGAGGACAGAGUGAGGAGAUCCAUACAGUACAUUUAUGUUUCUUAAGAAAAAAAAAAGCAAAAGCAAAAAAAAAUGUAGUUGUAACUCAGAGCACUGCAGAGCAAAAUACACUGCUGGCGCAUUUCUAAUUUAUAGUGAUGUCGUUUUCCUGUGAUAAAAACGUUGGUUCUUGCACCGGGGGAGCCGACUGGGGUGUGUGAGCGCACAAGUGAGUAAUGGGCGGGGGAUUGGAAAGGGCAAAGUGGACGUUGAGCCAAAGGAAGAUUUGCUGUGCUUCAGUGACAUCAUGUUCACUGCCCACGCCACAAGGAUGAGCAGCUCAACCUUAAGUUAUAUGUCAACCUUGCAUACCGCGUACGAGAACAAUUGCAUUCCAGGCUUUCCACCAUCUGGGUGAAAAGGAACAAGGGGGGCACAGGAAAACUACAAGAGUUUUGAAAUGAAAUGACAAAAAAGCGAGUGUACAUGAUUAACUCUGUAGAUGAUAAUCAAGUGCUGCUGGAGUUCUUUGUGUUUUGUUGUGAAAGCGGCUCUUGAUGACCAAAUUGACCAAUAAAACGGAACAAAAGCUUAUGAAUCAUUGUAAUGGAUGGGCGUCGCUGUGCCGGAGGCUCGGUUGUAGUGUUUACAGAGAGAGGGGUUCAUCCCGCACCCACCGUGCAUCCCCCGAAGAGAGCCAUUUGGCUUCUGGACAGGUACACGUUCUUUCAUUCUAAUCCAGCUAAUGGCUGCGCCUCGAUUUUUGUACACAACACUAUUUUCAUGUGGGCGGAAGAGAGAGAGGGUGGAGGGGAAAAUAAAAUCAUGGAUGAAGUGCAGAAUGCUUGCUAAUAUUCUAACCGAAAUUGCCGUAUAGUGUUUAUUUUCUGUGCCGUUUAGGGGUGUAAGUCAGUGGGGCUGGGGGUUAUACUAAGAACAUGGUGAAGUGAUAAACCAGGCUUAGUUAAUCAACAAGGGGUGGUAAACCUGCUAAUAGACAAACCUAAAGGCAUCAUUUAGUCAAGAAAAUGGUCCCUCUAUUGGGUGAUUUACCUCUACCUCAAGGUUAACUUAACCUGGUUUCAUACUGAACUAGCUUCCUAGUUUACCCACCUGGGGUUGUGUGAUGCUGCUGUCACCAACGUUAUCUGAAGAUUCAGGUUUCUCUCACGGAGAUGUUUCAGAAGGUGAUUAGUGUUAUGUACAAUGUGACACACAUUCCCAUGUACAGUUCCCAUCAUUUGAAGGUUAGCUCUUGUGUGGCUGUUUGUGACCGUGCACACACUUUAUAAAAAAAUAAAAAUAAAUAAAUGUUGACCUUUGUACAUCUAGAAACAAGCACCCCACUGUUCCCCUAUUGCAUAGCAUUGCUGCCACAGUUUGUAAAGUUUUAGAAGAGAUGCAUCUUUGUAAAGAAAUUUUAUAAUGAAAAUAAUGAUCCUAAUAAACAUGUUAAAAUGUU